GCGGGAAAGUGGCGGCCAAGUGGCGUCCCUGGUUGCUCCUCCCGUGUGCUGCGGGGCCUGCGGGGGUCGCGAGUCCCGGGCGGGCAGCUCCGCCGCCAUGGACGCUGCCGAGGUGGAGUUUCUGGCCGAGAAGGAGCUGGUUACCAUCAUCCCUAACUUCAGUUUGGAUAAGAUCUACCUCAUCGGGGGGGACCUGGGGCCUUUUAACCCUGGUUUGCCGGUGAAAGUGCCUGUGUGGUUGGCAAUUAACCUGAAACAAAGACAGAAAUGUCGGUUGCUCCCUCCGGAAUGGAUGGAUGUAGAGAAGUUGGAAAAGAUGAGGGAUUGUGAACGAAAGGAAGAAACUUUCACCCCAAUGCCUAGCCCAUACUACAUGGAACUCACCAAACUCCUAUUAAAUCACGCUUCAGACAACAUCCCCAAAGCAGACGAGAUCCGGACCCUGGUCAAGGACGUGUGGGACACUCGCAUAGCAAAGCUCCGCGUGUCAGCUGACAGCUUUGUGCGACAGCAGGAGGCGCACGCUGAGGUGGAUAACUUGACCCUGAUGGAGAUCAAUACCAGUGGGGCGUUUCUCACACAAGCGCUCAAUCACAUGUACAAACUGCGCACAAACCUCCAGCCUUCCGAGAGUUCCCAGUCUCAGGACUUCUAGAAAGGCUCGUGAGUGGUGAGGGUGCGGCAGCUGUGAGUGCUCAGGCCACGCACGUACUCGUGGUUCUGGAGCUCCAGAAACAUUCUUGACUGUCUGUAAAACGUGCUCUUCGGGGAUGGGUUUGUAACUGUCCUCCACUUGGCUCCCUGGCAUGUUCAAUUCCACAUCUAUUUCUAGAAGUCAGCUUUUCUUUCAUGGGAGAAAGAAGAAAGGUGUAGACAAGUAAGUUAUUCUCCCCCGCACAACUCACACGCGGUGAGCAUGCAGUGACUGUUAGUGUACAGUAAGAGCGGCGAUGUGCUGAUAGCAGUUUUCCCCUUUUUGAUCCUGAUCUCUUGGGCUAAAUUUAGACUCCUACAGAGAGGGUGCUUACAGAGGGUGGCAGAUGGAGCAGCUAGUGAUGCUGACCAGCACUUACCCUCUAAGCUCCAAUCCACAAUAAAAAUGGAAUCAA